UCGAGCUAAUAUGCUGGCGGAAGGGGUACGUAGGGGACCAUGGUGGGGGAAGUGUUGUGCACUUUUCUGGCAACGAUGACUGUGUUGCUGUCUAUUGCUACUCCAUUGCGGACUCCAGGCUCAAAGACAUUAACUGUCAUUCGAAGACAGCAGACAGUACACACAAGUGCAGGACCAAAGUACGGAACGAGAAGUACGAGAUUAGAUCGAUUUGAUUUGAUUUGAUUGUACGAUCGUUUAAAAUGUCCGUCGCCGAAGAGAGGAUUCAAGAAUUGAACAGACAGUUUUUGGAAUUCAUGGGGAAAACCGAGAAUGUGGAAUCGGCUACGAAAGAAAUGUACGAGGAUAUCCUCGACGAGGUAUUAAUGGGUUUCGUUUUCGAUGUGCAUCGAACCACAAAAACUGGUACCUUAAAUGUUGAAGAAGGAAUACCUGAAGACGAGUCGUACGCUAUCGUAGAUUCUCCAGGAUUAGACGUGUUCGGUCAGCAACUUGUAAAAAAAUCGCAGGAAUGCAACUGUCCGAAUUGUGACAGAAGCGUUGCGGCCUGCCGGUUCGCAACGCAUUUAGAAAGAUGCAUGGGCAUGGGCCGGAACAGUUCGCGGAUCGCAUCAAGGCGUAUAGCAAAAAAUACGAAGGACCUCAGCAAUUUCAGUGGAGUCACAAGCGACGACGACGACGUCGAUUGGAGCUUAAAUAAUAACAAGCGUAAGCGUAGGAAGAAUCGUAAUGGAAUGAAAAGGACGAAACAGCAGAAGAACAGUCAAAGGAACGGAGAGAUUGCGAACGAACAUGUUCACAGCAUUAACGGGAACUCUCCGUCGAAUUACGAGAACAUGUUGCUGGAGGACAAACGAUUUCUACUGACCCAGAUCUGUGGCGUCAUAUCGGAACAUACGAAAAAGUUGUGUACGAGGUCUAUGAGGUGUCCGAAACACACGGAGGAUCAACGGAGAAAGAUGAGAGCUAAUUUGGAGUCUGGAAACAAUGGGCAGUAUGGUCAGGAUAAUCUUUACGUUGACGUGGUCACGUACGAGGAAGGAGACGGACAAAAUCUGAAGGAAGCUCUAGCGCGUUGGGAUCGCGAAGGAUCGAGUCGUUCGAGUCCCACAGAUUCCACGUCCACUACCUCGACCUCGUCGAUAAGCAGAAAAUAGACGACCGAGACGAAAAGCAAGGGCAAAGGAUCGAAACGCGAUCGCGGAUCGCCCA